GCUUUUCCAUUUAGCCGGCUACAAUGCGAUCUAUAUAUCCACAUCGAUCGGCCAUCUCCUCUCCCAUUUCGGUCUUUGUCCAGUGCGUUCUAGACGACGCCCCUUUGCAGACGUGCGGCGAUUCACAAAACGUUUGAUCACAGACAAAAUAUACCAAAUUAUGCAAUAAGCAACAUGAAAAGUUGCAAAUAAUUCAAUACACAAAUAAAUGAACACGCAAAAGAAACGGCAUCAAAAACAACAGCCUGAAGGCGAAAGAGAAACAUAAACAAUGCAUAUAGCACCUGGCAGGUGUGAAAAAUGGCGCAUCGGCGGUGUGUGAAUAACCUGGAUCAAGGGAGGCAGCCGCAGAACCCUAAGCAAUUAUGAAAUUAAUAGCCAACUAAUUGGACGAUUGAAAACAGUGAAGAAAGUACAGCAUUGAACUUAGUGUGAACAGUGACAAAUUGGCGAGCUAACGACCUUGCGGAUUGCGGAUACUUUUCGCGGAUCACCGAACUCUGUCCAGCUGCCUGUUGUGGCCAUGAAGCACGAGAAGACCCUCGCCAUGGCUGCUCCGCACAAGCAGCGCCAUCCGGACAGCUCCGCCCACGUUCCACGUAGUCCCAUAACCAAGGCCUUUGAUUUCCUGCCCUGGACGCGAAGUCGCAGCAAGGUCAACAUGACCAAGGUUCAAAGUCAGCCGGCGGAGCAGCAGGCCUCUGUUUCCACGGUCCCCCCUGCUGAGAAAUCGUCGGAGGUGCACUAUCACAAGAACAUCUUCCGCAGUGGCGGUGGUCUCAUCCGUGAUAUCCUGGUGGGAGAUAAGAAUUUGCAGCUUAAGGAUAAGCCACCGCAAUCUCCCGUUCCUUCGCACAAAAAGAAACAGAAGCACCUGUCGCGCAACAAAAGCUUGGAUAUUCGAGAACUUAUUGGCUGUGUGGAGCGGGAGAUGGCUCCUGCGACGGGAGGAGGUCCUGUGAGUCAGCCACCACGUUUCAUAGAUGACACCUACAUAGACCACAAGCCCAAGCACAUACUCUUCAAUGACGAUGAGAACACGGUGUACAUUAUAAAGAAGGAGCAGCCCGUGGCCAAGGCCAGUCACAAGGCCAGCAAUUCCACAUCCACUGCUGCCCAAUCGAAUGGAGAUGUUCUGAAGGCGCGACUGAAGUUUAAGAGAUUACCCGGCGAUCACUAUGAAGCAUCGCCGGAGGCGCUCCGACGGGCACAUCUCCUCCACCAGCGAUCCGAGCAGCGUCAUCAGCUGCAGCGGCGCAAGAGUCUCAGCGAUCAGCAGAGCAGCUCCAGCCUGAGCAGCGGCGGCGGUGGAGGGGGCAAUCCUAAUGGCAGCAUUAUGUUGGAGCGCCCCAAAACCGAUAAGCCGCGCAAGAAGCUAUCGUUCCGGGAGCCCAUUAUUGCCGGCGACCAAAUACUACCACUCAUACUCAGCGAACAGCGGCAGGAGAGACAGAGGCGUCGCAGCUCCCCCUUGGAGCGAAGCAGAGGGGGCUUAGCGAUAGCGCACUGUGAUAAUUUAUGCAAUAAUCGCACAAAGGAUGCAAUUUCCUGCGGCUGUGCGACCAGCGAUCCGGAGUCUCAGGCGAUGCGCAUCGUUCGCACCGUGGGACAAGCCUUUGAAGUGUGCCACAAAUUUAAUCUUCAUAAGAAUUCCCUGGAACCCAAUGACGAACGCUCCGAUAUAUCCUCAUCGGAGCUGCUGGACGUGGAGCAGAUCAGCGAGCAGCAGCUAUCCGAGGAUGGUGAACGCGGUGGCGGCGACAACGAGACGCCCAAGAAAGAGCACUUGGCCAUAACGCCCGAUCUGAACCACACGCAACCGCAGCGGCCGAACCACUUGGAUAUAAUGCCAUCGCAUUCGACUCUACGCAAAUCGAACAGCCUGCUGUGCGAUGUGGACGACAAGUCGCCAGGCUCACCUUCCUCGCCGCGCUCUGAGAUCACCCAGCUGAAGGACCAGCUGGAGGCACAGGCUCUGCAGACGCGCCAGGCUCUGGGCCAACUGAUGCUGGUGCGGGAGCAGCUCAUCUCGGAGACCAAUGCGCGCAUCGAGGCACAGGCGCGCACGCAACAAUUGCUGCAGCAGAACCGCGAGCUCCUGGAGCACCUGGCCUCCUUGGGGGCCUACAACGAGCAGCAGACAGCCGGACUCACGUCGGCCAACAUCGGAAUGGCGCCACAGCUAUCGUCGACGGCGAAAGUGGCCCGAUGGUUCCAGCAACUACCCUGGCACACCGCAUCCCUGUCCCGUCCUGAGAGCGGCUUCGUUUCCGGCGAUUCGCGUUCGGAGAAGUAUCAGGAGGAUCAUUUCUACGGCGGCAUCGCCAAGGAGACGGAUGAUUUAUGCGAUGAGUUCCUGCUGGUGGAGGGCAGCAGCACCAUUUGGACAAAGCUGAGCGCCAAAAAGCGUCGUAAAUUGCUCGGCAUGCGGCUGGGCAAAGUGACAACGUUCUGAGGAGGUCCUUGUUCACAUCAUCGUCCUCGGAUUCGCGUAAUGUGUGCGUUUAUUAGCUGUUAAGUGAGUUUUUAGCAUAGCCCUAAGUGUAGCUUUGAUAAAUUUCUGCGUAGGCAUAGCUAGCUAGUAUGAAAACCAAUAGACUAAAGGACCAAAUUAACCCAAACGAAGCGGAAAGAAACAAAACGGAACGGAACGUAACGACAUGCUCAUUGAGAUGCCAUGCAACAGGCAUAGGACAUAAGUCAAUUAGCGAGCAUAAAACGUAAGCUCAAUGUGUAUUUAAGUAUUAACUGAAUAGAAGUAUUUGGGCCAGUAAGAAAGCACGGUGAGAAUCUUGUGGCCAAUUCAUUAGGCGAACAAGCCACGCACAUUAAUCAUACGUCACGUAGGUAACCAUACAUACACACACACACACACCUACUGCCAAAAGCCAAAAGAGCAUUAACUUGACCAACUUUUCGUGUACGAGAAAAACUGGUUAUUAAGCUAAGCAAACAAGGGCCAGUACCACAGCAGCUGAUUCAACAGAAAAAGCGGUGAAAACGGGAAAAACAGAAAGCGCAGGAAGGAGCUUUUCCGGUGCAGGCAGUACCAAAAAGAUCAAAUGUUUGAUAUUCAUAAAUUUCAGCCAGCUUCACCGUUUUUAUGCAUAAAUCGAUUCUACUUUUACGCUUGGCAGUCCCUUCCUUGCCGUUUUUUCCCUCGUUUUUUAUUUGGGUAACUCUAUAAAUUUAAGUCAGCUGCUGAGGGAAGUGCAAACCGAACUUGCGGCAUACGCGGCGGAUAAGCAAUUUACUCAAAAUUUAUGGGGAUUUGUUGGCUAUAAAAAGCGGGGUUCGUAGGGUAGCUAGACACAUACUACUUAGGUGGGUAGCUGCGAAGGUGUUGUACUGAUUGCACUUCGCCCUUGAUGAGUUAAGUAGGGAUAGUAUAGCCAGAUAGGGAUAGUUGAAUAUGCAGAGAUAUCUGCGGGACACUGACAAUCAUCGGGGUGAACGAAAUUAUGCAAUUCAAAUUUGAGUGGAGUUAAAGCCGGCCAAAUGGUUUUCAAUCAUCAUCAAACUCAGUCGAGUUUUUAUUGCAUUAUUUGGUAGCUCUUCCGUUUAUUGCGCGGCAUUACAAUGAAAAGUCGAUUUUCCUAACGAUUUUAUGACAUUUUCGCAAUAUAGGUACGAAAUUUAUAGAAGCCAGAACAAAAACACAAAUUAAUUUACGUAAAAUGGUUUUAGUUAAUUUAUGCAAAACGAUUUUUGAGACUGAAACUGAAAUUUGUACUAAGCAUAAAAACAGGACACAGAAACACACGCACACAUCACACAUACUCGUACAUCCAUGCAUUCCGCAAACAAUUGCGACAAAUAGGAAAAGUUUUUAUAAGCUACUUUAGCCUAGCCCUUAACCAAGUUGAAUAAAUAUAAGUUGCUCUGGUUCAACUCAAUAGAAUGAAGUGAAAAUAAUAAAAAUUAAAUGCAA